ACUGGGUGUCUACAGGGACCCGAACAGGUGUGAAGCUCUAGAAACAAUCACAGGUGCUGGAACUAGGGGUGCUGCAGCACCCCCCGGCUUGAAGUACUUUCCAUUAUGUACAGGGUUUACAGUUUGGUGCAAUGGCUCUCAGCACCCCCCCCCCCCCCCAAAAUGGUUCCAGCACUGCUGGAAACAACAGGGUUUAUGGGUGAGCAAAUGACUAUUCCUCAGAUAAACCCUCCCCUUUUUUUUUGUUUUGAAAUUAUCAGUAUUUAUUAUUUGGACUGCGAUAGCCCUUAAAAGCCCCAGUCACAGAUAAGGACCCCAUUGUGCAAGGCACUGUGCAAACACAGAAAAGAUAGAACGUCAAUUCUUCGCAGCAGGAACGAAGCAGAAGAGAAAAAACAACAGGUGCAGACAGACCGGGGAGUGCAAGGAAACAAUGAGAAAAUAUAAGUCAGCAAAUGCACCUUCAUUGCUUCACUUCAGCUGGGGUCUCUCUCUCCUACAUGAACAAAUAAAAAAGGAGUCAUGCAAAAUACUUUCGGGAAAACUACUGAACGAGGGGGACUGAAAGUAACAGAAUUAAGGGCUUGAUCCUGCAACCACUGCAGGGCUUAGGAGGAGCUAAUACUUUCACAGCCCCCAGCGGUGUGCAUGGAAAGUGUUUGUAAGCUGGACUCUUGUCUAGGAAACAGUACUGUGUCUUUAAGUGCCUCUCUCUUUGUUGCCAAGUUACAGCCUGUCUCCUAGCAACAUAGUUUGUUACUUAAGCACCCUGUUUCUUGUGUGCCUGGUCAAUUUCCUGCCUCUUUGUCCUGCCUGGACCAGAGUCCUAAAAAGGUCUUAGCUCAAAAUGUCCCAGGGGCAUCUGCCGGAAACAUUCACCACCUGCAACAAAGAGGCAGAGGAGGGUCGGUCCCAGAGAACCAGUGACUACUACAGAGUUAAUGACAAUUUGCCAGCCAGGUUCAACCACCCAGGAUGGUUUCGGGGCUACAGAACGAAUGAGGCCCAUCCCAGGUACAGGACCACCAAUCAGAUCUAUGGAAGCAAAGCACCUACUGUACAUGAAAUGCCGACCUCCUUUAACAUUACCUCACACGCAUUUUCGAAACAUCUCGGAAAGUGUGGCAUGUAUAGGAAUAACGGGCUCAACACCUACAUAGACAAAAGUGACGUGACUGGCAUAGAUAACUUUAUCACCUUCUACGACAGACUCAACUUUCAUCCCAGUUACAAUGGCAGUGGGCCAUCCCACUGUGAAUAAUGUUUCAGCUGUGGUGUCUGCAGUAUGACACUGUUCUUCAGUUUACUGUCUACUGCCUGGUUAAAAAAAACAACAAGCAAACAAUAGCAUUGACAUUUCCUUAGGAUUUCUGCUUCUUUCCUAAAUCAGCUCCUAAGACUCACUUUGAAAGCAUGACUGGAAACAAUAUGCUCCUGCACUGAGUGAUGUUAAAUACACUUCCGUCUGCCACAUUAGCUUGCAGGAUGAUUCAUCACAAGAAACACAGGCUUCUGUUACAAUAAUGCUACAUGCCAUUAAAGCAUCAUAAAGCUGCAAUGGGAAUCUUUUAUUUUAAAGUCUGACUUCAGGUUACCCUGCUGAAGGACAGCCUAGAUCCAAUGUUAGCAUAACGUAGUAGAAAAGGUCAUGAAAACAGAAUAAAAUGGGUAAAUGAGCAAGGAUGAAAACUCUGUCAUUGAGAGAGUAAUAAGAGCAAAAUGUUGCUUUAGAGCAGGUGUGUUAAUAAAGAAAAUAAUCCGGAAAA